AUGUCCAACCUGUCUGAUACUUCGCGACUAAAGGCCACGGUAUUCGUCGGCGGGCUCGACCAAGCGGUAACACAACAAACGCUCUUCCACGCGUUCCUGCCCUUUGGCGACAUUGUCGAGGUGAACCUUCCCAAGCCAGAAAACCAAAGCCAGGGCGAGCAGCAUCGUGGAUUUGGAUAUGUGGAGUUUGAAACUGCAGCCGACGCGGUCGAUGCGAUUGAUAAUAUGGAUCGGAGCGAGCUCUACGGAUCUGUGAUCAAGGUAGCGCCAGCCAAACCGCAGAAAGAUGCAAACGAAGGACUAGGCAGCAAGACGGCUAUUUGGGAACAGGAGGGGUGGUUGGCGAAGCAUGCUGUGAGUGAGGAGGACCGCAAAGCCAAUGAGCAGGCCCAGGAUGAAACAAAUGGACCCAUGGACCCCAUGCAAGGCCUGGAGGGUUUGGAUGAAGCUGGACCUAAGCCAGCAUGA